GGCGUCAAAGAAAUUUACGACCAACGUUUUGUAGUUAACUGUUUGGGGAAAAAAUGGGAUCGUUAUCUAACGACGACACUCCUCAUUUAAACAUGAUACAGUACUGGCAUGAGACUUUUGAACAAAUCUUCGAGGACUUCAGUCCUGACGAAUGGAGACUGGAGCCAACUAACAAGCCCAUGCCUAAGGGAUGGCGAACCUUUAAAGACAGCGCCAAGGUAAAGUUUGCCUGCGACUGCGACAAUUCCUGGACAUCAAUGAAAGGAGUUGUUAUAUUUUGGUUCAAUAAAAUAGGCGACAAGCCCGAAGUAAAGCAAGAAAAAGAUCAAGGCGACAGUGGAGAUUCAGAAGCAGGGGCAAGCCGCCGCGAGAAUGGAAGUGUUUGUAUGUAACUAGAUUGUUUUGUUCUCAAAACGUUGCUAAAACUUCCAACAGUGUUGGCCCGAGAAUGUUGCGAGUUGUUGGAUGGUGUUAGAGGUAGCGUGCAACUCCCAUCAAUACUGUGACACACGUGAAUGAUGUUCAAGGAGACCACGUGUAAUGCGCGUGCGUCGCCCCAGCAACUGUUGAAAGAGCUGCGCAAACGGACUCAACAUUGUUGCGCAACGCUUCGGCGAUCACUGGACAAAAGAAAUGUUGGGAGUUGUUUGCUCCAAAAAGUUUGACCAGUUUCAAACUUUGCGCAGCAACUCCAACAACACGAAACACCAUGUGGCGGAGUGGAAAACUACGCAUCAUGUAACUCUCAUCAAUGUUGGGAGUUGUUGGAACCUUUGAGAUUAAUAUAGUUUGUGAUGGAUACUCUUCUAAUUAACACCAUUUCAUGAUUUCGAACCUCUAGAAGUGUGCAAUCCCAGGAGGGUACUGCCUAUAAUUGCCUAUAAGGGGAGGCUCCGCCCUAGAGAGGUACCUUUUUCAGGCUUCAGGUAUAUGAAAGGGUGGGGAUUACACUAGUUGAAGUAUUUGAAAGGGUAGGGAAAUCUGUCAUUUUGGAGAGUAAAAAAGGCCCAAAAGGGCUAACAUUUGCAUUUUAUGGCUGUGAAAAUGUCGAGAAAACGUUCUGGUUUAGUGAUUUAUUCAUAUAUAAAGGACAGUACAUUUACAGAACUUAAGAGAGAUGCAAAUUUCUAAACCAGGUAUGUGAAAGGGGUGCCUUUUGAAGAAGGUAUACGAAAGGUGUCCCUUUCCUGCCAAAUAUAGUAUAUAAAGGGUGAGAGGGAAAGAGCCUUUCCGUGUGAAACUUUAAGUUGGCCACUCCCCAUUGGUGACCUCUUAUAAUUUGGUGAUUAAUGAGGCCCUCUUGGAAAGCUGGGAGGGGGGUAUGGGUAUGUUUACCCCUAGUCAAAACUUCAAAACCCGUCGUUUUGCAUAUCGAGGAGGAAGCUUUAUGGCUGUUGAUAUUUCACUGUUUUAUAUGUACUUUUCUUCGUCCCUGUGGCAGUUUUUGCGAUCUUUCCAUCUCUGUACCGUUUUAUUUGUCUUAUUUGUCUUAUCUGUUUCAGGACCACAUCGCUUGAGGAGAUUUUCUCUUAAGGGAAUUUUCCCUUAAAUGGGUUUAUUAAUUUUGAUUUCUUAGAUCAGAGAGUACUCCCACACCUGUACAAGUGAAAACAUAUCUUACAUCUCACUUGAUUCGGCUUAGAUCUGGGUACAAGUUUUACCAAAAUGAAAAACAAUGUAAUAACAAAUACUAUCAAACUGUCAAUCAAUCCUUUAGAUUCCUUGAGGUUUAGGCUGUAUGGUCAGAAGUGCAAGAUAUCUGAGGGAUGUGACAAUGAAGAGUUUCAAAAUCCAAAAUGGUACAGUGAGGAGGUGGAGAAAGUCCUGAAUAAUGUUCAUAAGGAAAUAGGAGAGGUUGGUGGCCGUGCAUGUUAUGUUUACAAGCUGUUACAUCUUGAGGGUAUUCGUAAGAUCAGAUACUUACUCGACGCUAUACUCUUGAUUAAUUUUAGCCCCAGUUUGGUGGUUUGUGCGUGAGUAUUUUUAAGAUCAGUUUGAAAGCUGGCCGGUGAAAAUCAUAAUCAGUCAUCACUGGCUAUUUUGAUUAACUCGCGGCGAUACUAGACAGGGACUACUCCACGAAGUUAACUUCUUGUCUUUCAAGUUAAAAAUAUAUUAGAACCAAACGACAACAUAAAGAACGCGCUCCGAUAACCUCUGUUUGUAGCCAACGCGAUAAGGAUGGGGCCAUUUACUGCCCGUAGGAUAUACUAGCCAUAUGUUGUGUAUGUGAGUUAAAGUUGUUAUAAUAUAUGGAGAAACAGUUAUUAGAGCGAUCUGGUUCUUGAAAGGCGGCAAAAAAAAAAAAAACAAAGUCGAAAACAAUUGCGCUACAGUUUAUGUUCGGAGCUCUCUGAUCGUGCGCAAUCUCACAAAUUGUGACUGAAUUAAUCAACUGGCCGUUUGUACCUGUCAACUGUUUCAAUAUCAUAGGAACGCGUUGUUUACAAGUCCUAAACUGGGGGGAACAAACUGUGACAAAGAAAUCAGAGUUAACUAAUGGGUAUAAGUUCUACUCUCUACCUUACUAGUCUAGCCACAUGAAAAGCAAUCCAAGACAGUCUUGCAUUCUGGAUUCCACUUCGAGGUUUCUGAAUUCCAGAUUCCAUGUCGGUGGAACUUGGAUUCUGGAUUCCAAUCCUUAGGGGGAUUCCGGAUUUCUUGCGCUGUAUUCCGGAAUCCGAAGCCCAGGAUUCCUCAGUCCGGAUUCCCUUACAAGGGGCAACUCGUCAGCAGCCAGUAAAAUUUGAUGCCUGGUUUUCUCCUUUUGACACUUCAAAUUUAGGCUAUUUUACAAUUAUUUCUCGAGCCCGAAUGGGCUCUGAGUCAAUAGCCCAUGAGGCCGAAAGCCGAAUGGGCUAUUGACUCAGAGGCCAUGAGUGCUAGAGGAAUAAUUGUUUUAGUAAAAUCCAGCUAGUUGGUCAAAAAAUAUCGAGACAAAACAACUUUAGGUAGUUAAAGCUAGACUUUAAUCUUUUUUUGUCGCCCAAAAGCCAGCGCUUUUCGCUACUAAUGGGCUAUAACAUAUAGCCUAGCAGUAACUCAACUAAUCAGAACGCAGCAUUGAUAAUAGACCACUAGUUGGAUUUUACUGUUUUGUAAGAUCUUGGCCCCUAACCGAUAUCAACUGCGUUUCAGGUUUUUUAUGGUUUUCCAAAACCCGUCAUGGACGAAAACAGGAGGCGUGGCAGGCCAAGGAGGCCACAUGAUUCCAGUCGAUGUCAAGCAUGCCAGGAGGGGCAAUGUAGCAGCAAUCGCAGUAGAUAA